AUGAAGCUGUACUCCACUCUCACUUCAUACAUCGCAGAAGAUGAUGGAUUCCGUCUCAUUUGUUCCAAACUGGACGGAAGACUCUCUGUAUCUUCAAGUUCUGAUGUCAUUCCCAUGGAUGCAGAGGAAGUAUGUGAUAUCAUAUCUGUGUUAGGACGAAUCGAUAUUGAUGGUGCAAAUUAUCUGCUCUGUGUUACCGAAAGUACGGUUGUUGCCGAGUUCAGUGGUCGGGAGGCUAAGCAUCCAAUACAUCGUAUUGAUCGCGUGAGAGCCAUUUCUUUGGACUCGUCAGAAACUCUGGAAGCACUCGGAUCAGCUACCGCAAAUUCAACAGAAUCGUCCGCACGUCGUUUGAAGCAGGGAACUGGGAAGCUGAUCAAGUUUGUCCAGGACAAAAUUACAUUAAGUAAUGUUCAAAAACCGUCUGCAAUGCUUGAUGAAAUUUUACGCCUUUUCAACGACCAUCCUGACUUCUACUUCUGCUUCGGACGAGACAUCACGCACUGCACGCAUACGCAUUAUUCGUCACGUAAUGCUGAUCCUGACGAGCGGUUCUUCUGGAAUAAGUUGUUAUUGAAAGACUUGCUGGAUAAGACCAUAGACAGAGAGCUAGCUAAGAAAUGGAUUGUCCCAGUAAUGCAGGGUAGUGUACGAUUCAAUAGCCUUGAAAUUGCUGAUGAUCCUGAAGCCAAUGUGUCGUUAGAUAUCACUCUUAUUUCGCGGCGAUCGGUUCAUCGUGCUGGAGUGAGAUAUCUGAGAAGAGGAAUCGACAAUGAGUCAAAUGUGGCGAAUUUCGUUGAAACAGAACUUUUAUUGAACAUUUUCGGUCAUCAUCUAUCGUUUGUACAGGUACGCGGGUCAGUUCCCGUUUUUUGGAGUCAGAAAGGGUUCAAAUAUCGCCCUCCUCUCUCUAUCGAACGACCUGUAGAAGAAAGUAUGCCGUACUUUACAACUCAUAUGCAGGAACUAAUUGACCGCUAUGGGUCUCCGUUGGUCGCGGUUAAUCUUGUUGAUCAAGCCGGGCGAGAGCUGAAACUUGCGACAAGCUACUUAGAGCAUGCCGCCAAGUUCAAUUCACCUCAUCUACAUUAUGUUUCAUUUGAUCUGCACCGACAUUGCAGGGGCUUGAAAUUCGAUAAGGUUAACGACCUCAUUACGGGGAUGGAGGAUUUGUUAAGAAAAAUUGGUUACUGUUGGGUUGACAAAACAGGUGAGAUUGUAAAAAGUCAGAGUGGUGUUGUUCGCGUGAAUUGUGUUGAUUGCUUGGAUCGCACAAAUGUUGUCCAGGGUGCAAUUUCUCAAUGGGUUUGCAUGCAACAAGCGCAACGUCUGGGGCUUUUUGGUCCAUUAUGUGAACCACCUGAGGCUCUUGUGACUUUACUGCAAAAUAUAUGGGCGGAUAAUGGCGAUGAGAUUUCGACGCAGUAUGCUGGAACAGCAGCCUUAAAAGGAGAUGUAACUCGAAGCGGAGAGCGACGUCUUACCGGAAUCAUGAAAGAUGGCUAUAACAGUGCCUCUCGUUACUACCUCUCACACGUACGGGACUCAUCGAGACAGAAGGCUAUGAAUGUUCUUCUCGGUAACAAAGACCAAGGUUCGGAAUCAAUGGUGGAUUCGGACUCAGACUCAGAGGAGGACGAGAAUGUAAGUCGUCUCGUGGCUGAGACUGUGCACUUCCUUCUUCCCGAAGGAGAAGUUGUUGUAGGAGGUUGGGCUCUGUGUGACUCGCUGCAAAAAGGAGAUGCAAUCGACACAAUACUUCUUCUAACAAGAACCAAAUUGUACGUGGCUGUUUACGAUGACGAACUCGAGAAACUAGCAGAUGUCAGGAUCGUUCCUCUGGAUGAUAUUACUUCGCUUGAGGUCGGCCGUCCGUCUCGUUCGGCUCGCUUAUUUUUGCGAGUGACGUGCUUAGAAGAAAGUUGGACAUGGCGAGCUGGAAAAACGCGUUUAUUCAACAACGUGGCCAUUCGACUGAAAACUCUGGAAGAGGCUGGGGAGUACACGGAAUCCAUUGCAGAACAGAUCAGUGUCACAAUCAAUUUAUGUGUUGGUAGAGAUGUUCCCGUUCAGCGGGUUGAACGACUGACUCUGCCAGGAUCAACGAACACCGCUAAAAGGGCUUUAGCGUCUAUGACUGCUGCAUUGAAAACUCGUAUGCGAAGACCAGCAGCUCCUUCGGGGACAAAUACGACUAAUUCCAAUGACAAUGUAGCUGCUGAAUCACUUCCUGUACCAACAACAGUGGUGGAUUCUUCGUUGAUUGACAUAUCUGAAAACUGUGGACCAGUCGAUUCAGUCUCAGAAUUUCGUGAUGAUAUGAAUCCGAACACUACGACCAUUGCUCCGUCGAAGAUACACACCUCUCCUUCUGAUGGAUGUCUGUUAACAGAAGCGAAUCGUCCAGCAACCUCCGCCGCUGGCUUAGUCGGCCGCAUUCGAGGACUCAAAACUCCUUUCACGAGAUCAAAUGAAGGAAGUGGCGCUUCUGCAAACCCAUUCAAAAACCUUCUUCCUCUUAUGAGCACUUCACAAACAAAUUUUGUAAUGCUUUAG